CUAAACUAGUGUGCAAUCAUCAUGACGAUGAUGACUACUACUUCGUUUAUCCAAUUUCACCAAAUAAUUUUUUUCUUACUCAUUCUCACUUUAUGGAACUCUCAAGUAACAAUGUCACGCAGACUAUUUGAGUCUACAUGCACAAGAGAGAGACAUGAGAAAUGGAUGGAAGAAUAUGGAAAAGUGUAUAAGGAUGGUGAAGAGAAAGAAAGAAGGUUCCGAAUAUUCAAGAACAAUGUUGAGUUCAUUGAGUCCUUCAAUGGGGCUGGGGACAAAAGUUUCAAGCUUAGUGUUAACCGAUUUGCGGACCUAAGCGUUGAAGAGUUCAAGGCUUCUCUUAAUGGCCUUCCCAAGAGUAAUUGGCCGGGGACGACCAUGGAAUUCAAAACGAAGCCGUUUCGGCAUGAGAAUGUAACUGACAUUCCAGAAACUGUGGACUGGAGGAAAAGAGGAGUUGUUACACCAAUCAAGGACCAAGGCGGAUGUUAUAGUUGUUGGGCGUUUUCAACUGUGGCCUCAAUUGAAGGUAUUCACAAAAUAACUACAGGUAAAUUGGUGUCUCUCUCAGAGCAAGAACUAGUAGAUUGUGUCAGAGGCGACACAACAGGAUGCAAAGGUGGUUAUAUGGAAGACGCAUUUAGAUUCAUUGUAAAGAAAGGAGGAAUAACGAGUGAGUCAAACUACCCUUACAAAGGAGUUGAUAAGACUUGUAAGGCAAAUGAGAAGGAAACAAGAAAACACAAUGUAGCUAAGAUAAAAGGGUUCGAGAAGGUUCCUUCCAAUAACGAAAAGGCUCUUCUCAAAGCUGUGGCAAAACAACCAGUGUCGGUUUAUGUUCAAGCUGGUGGGGAUGAUUUUCAAUUUUAUUCCAGUGGUAUUUUUACUGGGAAGUGUGGAAUUGAGCCAGAUCAUGCCGUUACGGUAGUUGGUUAUGGUAAAGCUAAGGAUGGUACUAAGUAUUGGAUAAUAAAGAAUUCAUGGGGUACUGAUUGGGGAGAGAAAGGGUACAUGAGGAUAGAGAGAGAUAUUCAUGCCAAAGAAGGGUUAUGCGGAAUUGCCAACAAUCCCUCGUAUCCAAUUAUUUAACCCAGUGUCAUUUUCUUUUGAUUUUUUUUUUCUAAGUGUGCGUAAUCGUCGCUGCGUGUGGGAUAUGUCAGUAUAUGUCUACCGAAUA